AAUUAAAAUGCAAACGAUAGAAAAUUGUAUAAACUAAAUGUAGCUCCCGUUCGCAGGUAUUAUAUAUUGUGAUACAUAAGAUCAGCAUUUUCAUUAUCAGUACUUUCCAUUAUUGUGCCCGACCUCGUUUAAUUUCAUUAAUGAAAUUAACAGUUUCCUCCAAAUUUAUACAAUAAAAAAGCCACCCUAUUCUGUCAACAAUUAAAAUUAAAUAGUACUCUCUGCCGAUGAUUAGUUUAUGUGCUUAUAGUUGGUGAACUGUGGAUUUUCCAUCCCUUCCAAUCAUUGCAAAAAUACUUGACAGCGCAUUACAUUUAUAAGCCAUCGUGGCGAUACAGCGAGCCCAGUUUGUUGUUUAUUACCAACGGAGCGAUGAUACCUAGACCACUAAUGUGCUCUCCUUUAUUUUACUACCCAAAGUUAACUAAUAGUCGAUUUUUGAGAGUUCAGCGAUGGUUACACAUGAAAAAUGUUAGCGGAUUGAUGAAAUACUUGGACAAUAAAUUUAUCCAGACGACGUCGAAAUUAAAUACAUCUGUAACAUCCCUUUCGUAUCGAUCUACCGUUGAUGAGAAUAACGUCUUCAGGAGUCGCUAUGAGGAUGUGGAAAUAUUUCCAGAUUACGUUCAUCGACAUGUGUGGAAAAACGUGCACAACUGGUGGGAUAAAAAUGCCCUUGUAUGUGCACAAACUGGGCGAGCAUACACAUACAAGAACCUGAGAGAAUUAUCAGGAAGGUUUGCAACAUCUCUGCGAAGGAGACAAACACUAUCUGGUACAACUCUAGCAGUUAUUCUUCCAAACAUUCCUGAAUAUGGUAUAGUCAUUUUAGGGGCCAGUGAAGCCGGGAUUCGGCUAACGCUGGCAAAUCCUGCCUACACAGCAUUCGAAUUAAGCAAACAGCUUGAAAAUUCAGAUGCCAAUACUAUUAUCACGAACAAUGAAAAUUAUAAUACUGUUAUGGAAGCGAUUAAGAUGGGCAAUAUCUCGAUUCAAUUGCCAUUGAUUGUUGUCACUGAUGAGGGAGAUACACCCUCUGGUACCAUCAACUUCCGUGAUCUCAUUUCUGAGGAUGUCGAGGAGUUCGAAAAGACUGCGGAGAAAACCGCUAUUGACGUAAAAAAUGAUACUUUUCUUUUGCCGUAUUCGAGCGGAACAGUAGGACUGCCUAAAGGAGUUGAGCUUACUCACAGACAUCUGGUGACCAAUUUGUGCCAACUGGAACACCCAGAUUGCAGUUACAUAGAGCCGGCAUACAAUGGAUUUCAGGACAUUGUACCCGCAUUACUUCCUCUGUACCAUGUUUAUGGUUUAAAUGUCUGUUUCUUAUGUUGUCUAAGCUACGGUGCACAAAUAAUUUGUAUGCCGAAAUUUACUUCAAACAAUCUGCUGAAUAUACUGGAAAAAUACCGAGCGACAUUAUUAUUUGCCGUGCCGCCCGUGAUUCAAUUAUUAGUUAAUGACGAUAGCUUCAAUGCAAACCAUCUCAAUGCAUUGAAAGUUAUAGUCUCAGGAGCAGCACCCCUCACUAACGAGUUAAUUACCAAAUUCCGAAAGAAAAUGGGAUGGAGUAUGGAUCUUAUACAGGGUUACGGAUUGACCGAGGUAUCUUCAACCCUAUCAUCGGGAAAGCAUGCGUCCAUGAAUUCAGUUGGUUUUCUCAUUCCUAAUACAGAAAUGAGAAUCAUUAAUCCAGAGAAUAAUUAUGGAAAAAAUCUUGGAGUCGGACAGAUCGGGGAAAUUCUCGUACGUGGGGAGCAAGUGAUGAAGGGCUAUUACAAGAAUGUUAAGGCUACAAAAGAGUGUAUGGAUAACAAUUGGUUUAAAACUGGAGAUCUGGGCUACAUAGAUGAAAUAGGGCAAUUAUUCAUCACUGGGCGUAUAAAGGAACUGAUCAAGGUGCAGGGAUUCCAAGUAUCUCCCAUAGAACUUGAAAAUAUCCUGCACAGUCACAAAUACAUUGCGGAUGCUGCUGUAGUCGGUGUGUCGCAUCCUAAAUUCGGACAAGUGCCAAAGGCAUUUAUUGUGCUGAAAGAAGGUGCUAAAGUCACCGAUGAGGAGAUCAAAAAUUUCGUUGCUAAACGCGUCGCCAAGUACAAACAACUUGCUGAGGUUGUAUUCAUUGACAAAAUAAUGAAAAGUGCAGCCGGUAAAGUACUCAGGAAGGAGCUCCAGAAGUUGUAAAUGUUAAUGAGGAGCAGUGACAUUCCCUCAAAAAUGAAAUGUGCAAUCACCCUUCCGGCCGGUCAUCCGGUCGAUGGGUGUUAGUAUUUGUGUCCUACAAGCAAAAUCGUUGAGUCCGUGAACACCAUCUCUAUCAAUACUGUUCUUGCUUAUUUUACAAAUAAAUAACUUAAGUUCAUAACAGAACACUAAAGAAAA